UCUUGCGUCUGGAGGUGGCGCUCAGGUCAAAGGCUCAGGCUGGGAAGACGUCUUUAAAAUAUGUGUUGCUGAUUUACACGGCUUUAUGACUGGUUUAUAACUGGUGUGAAGGUGCUUUCGACAAACUGGUAUGUGGAGGAGACAGGCAGUAAAUGGAGCUUCAGUUUCAAUCAGAUUGUUAAUUUCGCGUUUUCAUCAUAAGAUAAUCAUGUCUCGCAAGCUGCACGCAAGGAGGAUUGAAGGCAUUGACAAAAAUAUAUGGGUGGAAUUCACUCAGCUGGCUGCAGACUAUAAGCCAGUAAACUUGGGACAGGGAUUUCCUGAUUUCUCCCCACCUAGUUUCAUUCAAGAGGCCUUCUGCAAAGCGGUGAAUGGAGGGGUCCCCAUGCACCAGUACACACGUGCUUUUGGCCAUCCUGCUCUUGUGAAGAUCCUGGCCAAGUUCUACAGUAGAAUUGUUGGCCAAGAAAUAGAUCCAAUGGAGGAUGUCCUGGUCACAGUAGGAGCAUAUCAAGCUCUUUUCUGCACGUUUCAGGCUCUUAUUGAUGAAGGUGAUGAGGUUAUUAUUGUGGAGCCUUUCUUUGACUGUUAUCAACCAAUGGUAAAGAUGGCAGGAGGAACAGCUGUCUAUGUGCCUCUCAAACCUAGAGAAGGCAGUGGUCCAGCUACGUCCAGUGCUGAGUGGGUAUUGUCUCCUGAAGAGUUAAAGAGUAAAUUUACUCCUUGUACCAAAGCCAUUGUCAUAAACACUCCUAAUAACCCACUUGGCAAGGUGUAUCUGCGGGAGGAACUGGAGAUGAUUGCUGACUUAUGCAUCAAACAUGAUGUUGUUUGCAUUAGUGAUGAGGUGUACGAGUGGCUAACAUAUGAUGGAACAAAACAUGUGAAAAUCGCCAGCCUUCCGGGUAUGUGGGAACGCACUGUUACUAUUGGAAGUGCUGGCAAGACUUUCAGUGCCACUGGGUGGAAGGUGGGAUGGGCAAUAGGAUCAGACCUCAUCCUGAAGCAUCUAAAAACCGUCCAUCAGAAUUCUGUGUAUCACUGUGCCACAGCUGCUCAGGUAAAACGCAAAAUCUGUGUAAUGGGGUUGAAGCAUAUAACAUUUUCUCACUGGUGUGACACUGUUGUUCUGAAGGAGGCUGUAGCUGUAGGUUUUCAGAGGGAAUAUGAUGUAUUUGGAACAGAGGAAAGCUACUUCCAGCAGCUACCUGCCCAUCUUCAUGAAAAGCGUCUCAGGUUGGCAGACUGUCUGAGGAGCAUCGGUCUGAACCCUAUCAUACCUCAGGGAGGAUACUUCAUGAUAGCAGAUAUCUCAAAUCUUAAGGUCGACCUCACUGACACCAGUACUAAAGAUGAACCCUAUGACUACAGAUUUGUUAAAUGGCUCAUAAAAGAAAAGGGACUGGCCACUAUCCCAGUGUCUGCAUUCUAUAGCCCAGAACACAGAGAAAACUUCCAGAAAUACAUCAGAUUCUGCUUUGUAAAGGAGGACUCAACACUUAAAGCAGCAGAGGUCAUCCUGAGACAGUGGAGUGACAGCAAAUAAAAUCAGUAAAUUCUUUGCAGAGACAAUCUGAGCCCCAUCAGAAUUUUAUGAUGUAAUUUUGGGACAAGUGGAUUUUUUUUAAAGAAAAAUCUUUGUUUGUCCUGUAGGCUUGUUAUAGGUUGAAAGUAUCUGCAGGGCCAGUACAUGGCAAUAGAUGCAAGAAUACAAAAGGGGGCGAAAUAGUAGUGUAGUCAUUUUAGUACACGCAUUUGAUGACUUGGAAACAUGUUUGAGAGUAUAUUAGUGGCUGCAUAAUACAGCGAGUGAGUUUCUUUCAAUCAUCAUGUUCUCUUUUAAAAUCAAAUUUCAAAUUUUAAAAUGACCAGUAAAGGGACUUUUGGGGGUCUUGCAACGAUGAUUAUAAUGAUUAAUGUUACGUUUUAAUCAAUCCACCAUUUUGUUAAAAAAUUUGGUUGUAGCAGUGAGUAGCUGGAUUUGCCAGAGAUUUUUGAAAAUGAAAUGUUGAAAUGUAUAUUUACAAGUUUCGUCUUUGAAAAGCCUAGCUGUUAUUGUGGCAUAAUUGAAUAUAAUAAUGUUAAAAUAAUAUUUAUUAAAUGUAUGCUUCUGUG